AUGGCAUCAUUACCUACAUAUGAAACAUUGAAGUUAAGUCAACCAAAACCUCAUGUAACUUUGGUUGAGUUAAAUCGACCGACGAAACUUAAUGCUAUGAAUCAAAAAUUAUUCGAUGAGUUGAAAAUAUGUUUCGAACAAUUAAACAUCGAAAAGACAUGUCGAGUUAUAGUAUUAACUGGUUCUGGUAGAGCAUUUAGUACUGGUAUUGAUAUCGAAUAUUUAGUAGAUUCUGGUACUAAAUCUGCUGAAAUCGAUGAUAUAGCACGAAAAAUACUACAUACUCGAAGUAUGAUACAACGAAUACAAGAAUCUUUAAGAGCAAUUGAUAAUUGUGAAAAACCAGUCAUAGCUGCUAUUCAUGGUUAUUGUAUCGGUGCUGGUGUUGAUCUAUCAUCUUGUUGUGAUAUUCGUUAUAGUUCACGUGAUACAACAUUUUCUAUUAAGGAAGUUGAUAUGGGUUUAGUACCUGAUAUCGGUACUCUUCAAAUUUUACCUAAAUCAAUUGCCAAUCAUAGUCUCUUCCGUGAACUUGUUUUUACAUCACGAACAUUUGAUACUAAUGAAGCACAACAAAUUGGACUUAUUAGGUAA